CAUAGACUGCAAGGCUUUGUGCUACUCGAAGACGAUUCGAUGGGUCAACACCAACAACCCAGAGUAAGCGGUGACGCUGCGGAUAUCGAGUCCAAUGCAAGCAACUCAGAUCAGAGCCUCGUAAAACCCAUCAAGACUUGGAAAGGAUACAUUUGGGAUACAUGGGAUCUUCCCAAAGACCAACGAUGGCUUCUGUUCAAGGUGGACGCUUUCGUUUUGACCUUCGCUUCUCUCGGUUAUUUCCUGAAAAACUUGGAUCAGACAAAUGUCAACAAUGCGUUCCUGAGCGGCAUGAAAGAGGAUUUGAGCAUGUAUGGAAACGAACUUGUCACGAGUACCUCCAUCUGGACGGUAGGGUACGUGAUUGGACAGAUUCCAGUUAACCUCUUGUUGACACGGGUUUCACCUCGAUGGGUCAUUCCUGCGCUGGAGGUUGGCUGGGGAAUUGCAACCUUCUGUACCGCGCCUGUUCGGAGUGCCAAAGAACUCUAUGCCUUACGUUUUCUCGUCGGAUUAUUCGAAUCAGGGUUCUACCCUGGCAUACACUAUCUCUUAGGCUCGUGGUAUACCCCGAAUGAACUAGGCAAGCGAGCAAUGAUAUUCUGGCUAGCGGGAUCCGUUGGGAAAAUGUUCAGUGGCUUCCUGCAGGCGGCAGCAUACACCAACCUCAGCGGCGUCCAUGGCCGAGCAGGUUGGCGUUGGCUGUUCAUCGUCGACGGCAUCAUAACUCUUCCAAUCGCACUUCUCGGAUUCAUCUUCUUUCCCAAUCUACCUCAAUCCGGUAAAAGAACAUGGUGGACAACCGAAGCGGAACACGAGCUGUCGGUAAACCGCAUGAAAGCUGUAGGGCGUGCCGGAAAGCAACCGUGGACACGGAAUAAAUUGAAACGGCUUUUCUUGAGUUGGCAUACGUACUUACUACCGCUUCUGUACGUCAUCUGGAAUAACGGAGGAACUCAGACAGCGAUGGGAUUCUGGCUGAAAAGCUUCAACACGAAACCGUACCCCGUCCCCGGUCUCCAUUUCUCUGUCCCGGAGAUCAACAAUCUGCCGCUGAUUUCAACAGCGCUGUUCAUUGUGAUGGCUCUGAUAUGGGGGUGGCUAUCCGAUGGACCGUGUCGAGGUGCUCGUUGGCCUUUCAUCUACCUCGGCGCCGUCAUAACGCUCAUUUUCAGCGUCGCAUUGCGGCAAAUGCCACUGUACUCCGACAUUCGAGGCCGCAAGAUUGUGUACUGGCUGAGCGAUCUGGGAAGCGGUGCCGGACCCCUGAUAUUUUCUUGGGUAAACGAGAUCUGCUCAGAUGACACGGAGAAGAGGGCGCUAUUGGUUGCUGCUGGCAAUGAUUUGGCGUAUGUGGUGCAAGCUGUCGCGCCGAAUUUCGUGUGGAAGACGACUGAAUUUCCGGCUGCGAUCAAAGGCUAUACUUGGUCAAUUGUGCUUCAGGUUCUGCUGAUCCUGUGCACUGCCACUAUCCAAUUGUUGUUGUGGAGGGACAAGAGAAGGGUAGCCAAGCAUGCAGAAGGCAAUCUUGAGGUGACGGCAGAAUGUCCUAUCGAGGAUCAAUCAGCCGAACAGACUGGUGGAGAUAGUAGAGAAGGCGGUACUGAUAGGAAGGGCCUUUAG